UUUCUGAUCAAUAAAUAUAGAACAGUUAAAAGUGAUUUGUAACGAUUUUUUAAUGAAGUGUAGAAUUAUAGAAUUGACAUGGAGUAUAACAGUGAGGUAGAAUCGUCUUUACAAACUGAUUCUAUUUUAAGUACUGCAUCGAGUACAAAAUAUCGUGAAGAAAUUAUUUCUAUAGAGGAACAAACAUUAUUAAAUUUUUUGCAAAAAGGAAUAUUGGAAACAAGUGAAGAAAAUAUAGCUUUUGGAAAACAAAUAUUACCAUUAUUGAAUAAAUUAAAUUUGGAACCACAAUCUUUGCCCAAUGACAUCAAGGAAGGAUUGCAAAAAAUAGCUUUAGUAUUAAGAUAUGAAAAAUUGAGUGAUUUUAAUGAUGUUACAUUGAAUAUAGUAAAUGAAAGAAAGAAAAUAGAAGAAAAGAAAAAACAGCAUGAAGAGAAACAGUUGGCAUUAUUAUAUGAUGAUCUUUUUAGAAAAUAUUCCACUUUUUCAAAAAAACUCAAUUAUUUACAAGAAGCUGUAAGUUCUCUUGAAAACUUUAUUGAGAAAUCUCAAAAAGAACAAGAAGAUAUUUAUUGUAAUCAUGCUUCAUUAUCUACAAAAUUAAAAGAAUAUCAGCAAACUGUAGAAAAAUUAGAAACUGACUUAAUAGAUAUGCAAGUUGAAGAUCUUUACCCUACAAAAAUAUUAAAUAAAUAUCAUAGAUAUUUAGAAAUGUCUGGUGAAUUAGCGGAACUUAAUCAUUAUCUUAGUCAAUAUAAAGACUUGCCACCAAAUUUGCUACAAGCUAAAGCUUUAGUUGAUGUUAAACGAAAAGAAUAUGAAACUUUGAAGAAUGCAUUAUUAGACAAAACAAAUUAUUAUCUUGAAUGAUUAGAUAAUAAGUGAUACAAAAUUAUCAAUUAAUAUAUUAUUUUUUGUAAUUUUUUUCAUUUUUGUAUAAUAAUAAAAAAAUAUAUGCAUAUUUUC